UCCUGACGCAACAGCAAAUCACUAAGAGAUUUGCUCCACGUUUCGAGAGAACGGUGCAUCCGCGGUAAAUGGCGACUCGAUUCAAAAUACAGAUUAAUAAUGAUCAAUAAUAUAUAACGAAAUUCGCGUUGUAAGCCAGCAAGUUUCCUUGAAGUUCAAGUCACCUUAGCAUUGUUUUCGGCAAUGGGCUUUAUACAUUUUCCUACGCAACUCACCGAAGAAGAACAAGCUCUUAAAAGCAAAUACGCCAAGCUUAAACGCAAAAGGAAACAGUUGAAGCCACAGCCAAGUAAGGAACAAGAGCAAAAGGAACAAGCUGACAAAAUACUCGCCUCGAUUGCUGCCAACAAACGAAAAUCUCAAGAAGGAAUCGCCAAGCCGGACACAAAGGAGCUUGCUAAGAAGCUACUGAAGUCAGGUGCUAUUAAGCCAAUUAAAUCCGAACCUGCCGAAAAGACCGUUUUCAAAAGGAGUAAAGGAGCUGGUCGCAAAAGAAAUAUUAUUGGAUCGGAAGUGGGCUAUCAGCCUUUCUCAGAACCAGGAUCAAAAGGAGGCGAUUCAAGGGGCCCGAAUUCGAAAGUUGGCGCCCUGGAUCAAGAUGAUCCAGCCCUUCUGGCAGAAAAGGAAUUCAAUCCAGAUGCACCAGCGGCCACUCCAUCGGCACCUCGAAAGGGAAACACAGUCUACCUCCAUGCUCAGGGCAUGACUGAGACGUUAGCGCGAAAGGCAUGCGCGUCGCAUGGGGGUUCGAUCGCACACAUUUCGGUCGAGGAAAACAAAAGCUGUGCAUUCGUUACAUUCGAGAAUUAUGAGGCUGCGGAGAAAGUCAUUCAAGCUCUUGAUGGAAACUUUGUUCUCGGCCUUACCUUCAAGGCAGCAUUAGCGCGUCGUCAACCUCAACUGCCAUCAAAUGCCGCUCCUCCACCACCCAUUCCAUCAAGCAAUUCAAGCGAAAACAGCCGUUCGCUUGUAGUUUAUGAUAGUCUGCCCUUCUAGUUCUCAAAACUUUUUUCCAGCCUUCAAGGUACUCAAGUCACGCACCUCUACCUGCUCCGAGCCGUUUCGUCUUUCUAAUGUUGCACGUACUACGAUUACUGUUCUAUUUUGGAAUAUUUGUCGUUUGAUCGGUGUGUAACUUUGCUUCAAACAGUUAUUUACGUUUGCAUACUACGUGAGGAAGACAAUGGUUAAAGGUCUCCAAAUGUUAGAACAACUCUGCCUAAAUAUGCAUUCGAAUUCGACAUCUCGCUGUCGAUGAGGCUGAGCAAAACUAAAGGUUUGAUUAUUGAUCAUCUAACGUUAGCCAGUUGUUAAUCAAAAUUUAUUUGUAAAUUUUAUUUGUCAAACAGGUUUGAACGACUAAAAGAAGCUAUCUCUAUGAAGCGUUGACAAACAAAUAUAAGUAACUAGUAAUGAAGUUACUUCGGGUGAUUUCUCUAGACUAAAGAACUAUUUUAGGUAUAAUCAGCCCAUAAUAAUGUAUAUAAUAAAUAGUGAUAUUAUAUAAUACAUUGUGAGCUCUGCA